GACAGAGUUGCCCAGAACCCACAUCGCUGGGGGCCGCACCUCCACAAGGUAUGUCCCAGAGGCUUACUUCAGAGACUCCUAAAUACCCCGAAUGUGGACAUGUCCAGUUAGAUGUGCACCUGUCUUUAAAGAAAUAAGAUGUCUGUUGGUUACAGUGCUAUGACCUCAGGUUCCAGAAUAUCACUGCAACAUUCUUUAGAAGAGAUGUUUCACUUUGGAUUAAGUCUAAGUUUGGAAUCAGUCAGCCCAUUGUCGAAGGGAGAAGGUUAACCCCAGCGAGAGGAAAACACCUCACUAUGAAUUGCUUUGGAAACUACUUCUCGAGAUUUCCUGAGGAUGUUUCCUUACUCAGCAUACACUCACCUCUGUUGCUUUCACUUACGUCAUCUGAAGAGGAGCAACAUUUUAUUUCCAGUGCGAGGAACCAUGUACCAGCCCAGGCUGUGGUGAAGCAGCCUGUCCGGGGAGCCACCGGCAGGACCACGAUCACCACGAUUGUCCACACUGGUGGAGACUGGAGCACCGGCCUCUUCAGUGUCUGCAGAGACAAGAGAAUUUGUUUCUGUGGUCUGUGUUGUCCAAUGUGCCUUGAGUGUGACAUCGCCAGGCAUCAUGGAGAGUGCCUGUGUUGGCCAUUGUUACCUGGAUCCACCUUUGCACUGAGAAUUGGCACCAGAGAGAGACAUAAAAUACAGGGCACCCUGUGUGAGGACUGGCUGGUGGUGCACUGCUGUUGGCCCUGCUCCAUCUGUCAGGUGGCCCGGGAACUCAAGAUGAGGGCCUCCCAACUCUACGAAAUCUAUGCAGUUCCUUCAACCAAGGACAGCUUUAUCUGACCAGGCAAGAAAGCCCCUACCCUCCUCUCAAACCCUUCUUAGGAGAGAGACUGUUCUUACGUUUUCACUGAAAUAAUACGAAAAUAAAGGAUUUCUCCCCUCCUA